AUGGAAAACUGGGUGGUUUUUUUUAUUAAUUGGUCAAUUUUUCGUGGAGGAUCUUUGCCUUGCAGGGACCUUUGAUUUGGAUUUGAUGAUUCAUGACUGCUUGGCCGGCCAAGAGAGAGGAAGUUCCACUUGGUUUAAGUUUACCUUCGAUGCAAUGACUCCAUGACGACCAACUCUCGCUGACUCGUACACACAGAUUGGCUCACGUGUUCACUCCUCCAUCUGUCACCAAAGCAUUGGAUAUUAUUAACCCGUAGACUGCUGGAACUGGGUGCUCCCUAUACAAAGCAUAUUGGAAUUACAGGAUUCAGUGGGAGAUAUGUUGAUGCAGCCAUCUACUUGUUAAUGAGACGAUCGUAGCUGCAUAGAUGGAGAUUUAAUGGCCUAUAUCUCUCUGGAGUGACCAAAGGAAACUCAAUUCAGCAACCAUUCCAUUCUUAGUACUAUUCCCCAGACCAAAGUUCAACUAUCAUCCGUUACCAUGACAAUCUUGUACAGCUGUAUCGCCAGAGGGACCACCAUCUUGGUGGAACUCUCAAAGAGCUACGAACACAACUUUCAACAAGUGGUUGGGUCCAUGAUGCAGAAUCUAGCAUCCCAUGAUAACUUCAAAUCUGUAUAUACGUCACAAGACUAUCUUUUCCAUGUAGUCAUCAAGGACCGAAUCACCUACAUGUGUGCCACCACGGUGGACUUCCGCAGACAGACGGCCUAUUCGUUUAUCAUGGAGAUCAUGAGUAAGGUAGCCAACUGCAGUCUUGCCCAGCGGGUACACCACGCAGGAGAGAUGGAGCUGGAGAGGGAUUUCAGUUCGGUCCUCGGCCAGGAAAUGGACCACUUCUCCAAUUUGAAAGGCGGUGGAAACGACAAGGUAGCCGUCUUGCAGAAUCAAGUUGAUGAAGUGAAGGACAUCAUGACAGUGAACAUUGACAAGGUCUUGAGUCGAGGAGAGAAACUAGAUGAUCUGCUCUCUAAAACUGAAGAUCUGGAAGCAAGCGCGAAGACAUUUCAGAAGACGGCACGUAAAGUGAACGACAAGAUGUGGUGGCAGAACAUCAGAAUGAAGAUUCUUCUGACUGUGAUCAUCUUCAUUGUCGUCAUUGCCAUACUCCUGAUUGGUCUUCAUCUUGGUGGGGUCAUCUAAAAGCCUUGACCAGGGCAGUGUUUCAUGAAGAAUGUUUUCACUGACAAAUUUGCUCUGAGCUAAUCAGAUGCCAGGAUUUCAGUAGCUUAUAACAAUUUGUCAGUGUAAAUCCAUAGCUAUUUGUUUCAUGAAAUGCUUCCCAGGAAUCUCUUCUAGGACUUUGCAAUUAGAGUUGAUCCUCAUAGCGACAAUCCAAGAAAUAAGUAAAUGAUUUUGGUCGAUCUCUAUUCUGGAUUUAUUGGACAUGCAUGCCCCAGAGCAGCUGUUGGCAUCAUCCUCAUCAUCAUCAUUGCGAAAGUUUUGACCAGUCUCUAUCUUUAUGGACUCGUCAAUAGGCUUGAGGAUCUACCAGGGUUCUUUUUUCCUAGGACUUUUGUGACAGGAAGUAGAUCCUCAUAGGGACAAUGCAAGAAACAUAGUCUCCAGACUUUGAACCACAAGGCCCGGGGUUCAAAGCCCACUGCAGCAGCAUCAUCCACUGGGAAGGUGUUAUCUACAUUUGCCAGUCUCCACCCAGGUGUUUGGUAAAUGGGUACCCAAGAAGAAUGCUCAAGCACCUGGUCAGUGUAGCCAUGCUAAAGCAUGGGUAGUACUAGCAGUGUGCCGCUCUUAGAAUCAUUGUAUUAAGCACAAUAUAAAUUUUGAAUAUUAUCAUUAUUUGGUCACUCGUUAUUUUGGAUUUAUUUGACAUGCACUCGCAAGAACAAUUGACUUGCAAACAAAGGACAGCUAAACUAAUGACUUUUCCUCUCAAACAUUCCUUUAAAGAUGCCUUGUGGGGAGUUGGACACAGUUGAAGUGUCUUAAAACCCAUCUGUGGACUCCAUAACCUUGGGGAAAGUGGAGUUAUCUGACCAAUAUAUCUUGUGUCAUUUGUGUGUUAGAUUAUACGUGCACACAUUGCACACUCAUUAUGAUGUCACUCAUUUUCAUUAAUUCCGCUAGGUUGGUCAACAACAAUGUUCUCAACACCAUAAAUUUUCCAUGUGAUUACGAAAAGUGAAAUUGAUACCACACUGAUCACGAGUGACAUUGUAAGAAAGUACAGAGUUUGAGCUUUCUGAUGAUAUAAAUUGUAUUUGGGCUCAAAACUAAAGGUUUUGCACAAUUUGCAAGAGAAAACAGAAGAAGAAAAUUCAAUUUUGAGGCAUCUUUUCAUGCUUGAAAUUCGCCCAUUUAUCAAAUCAUUUUAUUCAAGAGAUAUGACCAAUAUCAAAGAUUAACAUUUACUCUUUCCUAUGUUACAAAUAUAUUAAAUUGUACUUGAAGAUAAAGUGGUUAAAUUGUUGUGAGGAAGAAAGUCUCACAAUUCAUGAGAUUUUGCAGGGAGGUGAAUUAAGCCACAAGAGGAUCUGGAUACAUCUUGCUCAUCAGUAUAGGGACCUGCAGACUAACUGAAUAACAGAUAGAAUGCAGAGUUGAAUAAUGACUUGCAUGAGGUGGAAUGACUAUGAAAUCUUACAUUUUUUUUCAUUUGCUUUGGAUGAUUUAAAGGAGAAUGAAGGUUUGCAUGUUUACAUUGAUAUCCAAUAGAGAACUACAAUUUGAUGUAUACAGUAUAGGGCAGGUCUGUAGGCCCCCAAGUAAAAAAGUUAUUCAACUUUUAAAAUGCUAUCAUUGUCUGCUACCAGAAGCAUAUUUGGUCUUUAGCAGGCUGCCAUUUUGUCUGGGAUUCCAGCGACCCCCAGCAAAGAUAUGACAAAAUCAUGCUAUUCUAAUGAAAUGCUCAACCUGGUAUCCUGUAUGUAAUUAUGUAUGCCACGAUUAAUAGGUAUAUGAUCUUUCACCAGCAUUCAAGAUCAUACCGUACUGCCAGGCCUUUGCAUGUGUGAUCAAACCAAGACUGAAACAAGGCACUUUUUUUUCAUAAAGUUGAUUGCGGUGAUAAAAGUAGAAAAUUCUUCAAUUCAUAGUACAAAUAUAGCUGGCUUCAUGUGAUUUGUAGUGACCAUAUCCAGCCUGAGGAAAUACACGGAGGACAUGCACAAAACUCUAAAGUAACAAAUCUAGAGAGCUUACCGAUGGUAUAUGAAUUAUGAUAAAAAUAAAACGCUGAGGUGAAAAUCUAAAAGUAAAACGCUUUAAUUGAACCAGACAUUAUACGAGAGAAUGAAACAACGAAAUAGCGUUUGCUGCAGUAGACUAGCAAAACGCGUAAUUCGCAGCUCAAUAUGUGAUAGCUUGAUGAUCAAUUUGAUGAAGUGAAAUUCUGUUAUUUAUACUCUUAAAACAAUUAAAAUGUAAAAUUUGAUUAUUUGAAAAAAAAUUAAAUAGGUAUAGGCUAAAAACAUUUUAGCUCAGUUGGAAAAUACAACUGAAAAUAUUUUCAAGUGUUGAGUUUUGUGUAGAGCUGUAAAUAAUGAAAGUAGGCCACAGUAUAGUCAAUCACACACGUAGAGUGCAAAAACUUCACACUCCUCUGGUAGUCCAAACAAAAUGGCAGCAUACAGCAUCACAUAAGAUUGUAGCACUCGUUUGAUUUCAAGUAAGAUUUUCUCAAAUAUGUAAAAUAAGACAGAUUGUGUGUUUUGUCAAGCUAAAAUAUAUAAAUGUCGGCUUUUAGAAGCCCCAAACAUGUAUUUUAACCUUCAAUCUCCUUUAAAUGAAUCAUAAUAUGUGUAGUGUGGAUACAGACAUUCAUAGGCUUUUCUAUGUGCACUUUUCUCUAUUGAGGUGUGAUAGCUCAGUCAGUAGAGUAGGGUUUUGCAUUCUGGUGACCCGGUUUUGAUUCCCACUUGGUGCGCUAGUGCCCUUUGGUGAGGCAUUCAUCCUCAAUAUCAGGUCUCUCGUAGAGGACCUUAAGCCUUUGGUCCCCUGGUUGCUUGCUUACAAGCAUUCAUGCUUAGCAGUCAGGUAAAAAUAUUACUAUUUACCAGUAUUCCACAUAGAUUGAUGGAAAAGAGACAUACAGGUAAACAAGGGGAAGAAAUAUGAAUAUGUAUCUGUGCAAGAACGCACUUAGCAAAACGCUUUCGUGCUGAAUCAUCACAAUUCACUUAUUUGUGCUGCUAAGCUUGAAAGUAUGGUGUUAGGGCUGUUCUUGCACACGAUAUUAUCUUCUAAAAGGUUAUUUAAUAUAGGAUUUUACAUAAUUAUAUUAUUUUACUCAGAAUUGAUUGUAAAUGAUAUGUAGAUGUACCUCUUGCCUUGCAGUGAUUAAGCUGUAUUGAAAAUUAGAACCAUUGACUGGAAUCCUAUGUUAUGAUCCUUGAAAAAAAGAAGAAUACCUAUGGCAUUUUUAGAAUUCAGUAGGUUAACAGGUAGAGCGAAAUUCUAUUGUCAAAAAUUUCCCUAUGACAAUCAAUGAUUUCUUCAAAGAAAAUUAUGUUGAAUUAUUGGUAUGAUUUGCAAUAUGUAUAUAGAUUUUAUGUUUAUCAUAGAAUAUAUUUUCUUCUGUUUAAUCUAUACUAUAUUCAGUGUGUUUAUAUUUAUUACUCUUUAUGUUGCUAAUUGUAUGUAUGGUAUAUUUUGUUACACCAAAAGCGUUAAAUCACAAAACAAUUUCUGUUCAGAUUUUGUAGGAAUUAGUAAUUUAAUUAUAAUUCAUUUGUGUUUUCAUCUUUUCACGUGAUAUCUACAUAUUACCAGAAUAUACUUUGUAUACAAAUGUUGAAUCAUAUAUAAAUUCACACAGUGAACCGAAUUGUUUGUCUUUCCCCCUAUUUUCAUAAUGCUUAAAAAUGUUUGUUGUUUCUUUAAAUCCGUACUCUUUUGUUUGCUGCGUCUCUUUUAUAGGUUAAAUGUUCAUUUAACUUUUUUGUAAUAUGUAUGAUCUUUCUCUUUUUAUAAAAGAUUGAAGUGUAAUUGUAAUUCUCAAAAUUUCAUUCACCAUUCCAUUUUGUUUUCAUUUUUAUCAGCGUUGUUCAAAAUGCCUUGCUGAUAUUUAAGAGUACUUAGCAGUGAUGUCACCAAAAAACUUGGUAUUUUUUAGCAUUUCAUGUUUUUGUCUCACCUGCGAAGCAGAGUGAGAACGGCGGUGGCGGCGGCGGCGUC